AUUUAACUCGAAUGAAAUCCUCUUUGUUACUGGUAUUUUUACUUUUGGGUGUAGCCAUCUGCUCCUAUGAUUACGCCCAUCAUCAGACCGGACAUCAACUCACAGUCUCAUUGAAAGAUGAGACAGACAAGGUUUGGGUCAUUUUCGUAGAGGCUAACUCAGAAGGAAAUGAUAAGAUUAGAAUUAAAAAUAGAGAUGUUAAAAGCCAAGUUAAAAAUAACCUCUAUAACGAAGAUGUAUACUACACUGAAUUAGACUUGACAGAAGACGAAGAUAAGAAGACGUAUAAAGAGUUCACUGAUUUAACAAACCUCAAUGUUGACAUGCUUAAAGAUGGACCAACUGUCGUUGUAGUCUAUGAUACAAAAGGAUAUUGGAUCCAUGGAGCAGGAAUUCCGCAAGAAACUAUAGACAUCCUUCACGCAUUUAUCAUGCAAAAGAAUGAGAAAGACAACAAGAACCAGCCAAUUAAUAUUGGAGGGCCUGUCAAUCAUCCAUCUUCAUUCCAGUCCUUCGGAGGAGGCUUCAGUUAUCGUUAAUACCCACUUCUUAUAGUUAAAAUUA